CAUGCCGUUCAGCAUUGUGCGCCCCGCCUUUUUAACUGACCAACGGAGUGCGGCCUCGCCUUCAGGCCUGGAACCAUAUCGCCGUCACAGCCAAGCACCUCUUUGCCGCCGCUCCAUUGCCAUCCAUCCAUCGACCCUUUCGACUCGCAUUCAUUAAGCCGAUUUAGCGCAUUUACGCGAACACACCAACUUGAACGCUAUCUCCCGUUACUGCGAAAUCACCGUCCACCAUGUCGAACCGCCAGCUUGCCCGCGACAUGCAGCUUGAAUUCCAGGCUCGGUUUAACGCCAAAAUGGCUCGCCGAGAAGCCCAAAAGGCAGCGAAGCAAGACAAUGAACUGAAGAAGCAGAUCCAGAACCUCCUCAAGAAAGGCGAGACGGCCCAAGCCGCCCAGAAGGCCCGCAUGCUCCUGGCCAAGCAGGCGAUCGCCGCGCAGAUGGACCAGGCGGCCGACAUGGCGGAGCUGUCGCUCGCGCAGAUCCAGGCCAACAACGCGAUGAACCGGAUGACGGCCAUGAUGGCGCAGUCGUCCAAGACCAUGACGCGCGCCCAGCGCAGCGCCAACCCGGAGAAGACGCUGCUCACGCUCGAGCAGUUCCGCGCCCAGAACGAGGAGUACGCCAUGAGCAACGGCAUCUACCAGGACGCCAUGACGCAGAACACGUCCGUCCAGGUCAGCGACGACGCCGUCCACGAGCUCCUCGGCAAGCUCGCCGACGACGCCGGCCUCGAGCUCGGCCAGGAGCUCGCCUCCGCCUCCACCAGCAAGGUCGAACCGGUCAAGGAGCCGACCGAGCCGACAGCCGAGGUCGAGGACGCCUUGCAGCAGCGGUUGAGGGCGUUGAGGGCAUAAUGCUAAGACGUAGGGAGGAGGGAGGGGGGGCGGGGGGGGGAACCCCGGGGGAGCGUCUGACGGGAUGGCGAGGAUUCCAGGGACACGAGACGGGCGACCAUACAGGGCGGGCCUGUUGUUUGACUGACUGGCUGCAAGCUUCCGCGUUUUUGCUCGAUGGACGGAC